CCAGUCCCAACACCAAUUCUGGGGUAAGCAACGACGCUCAUUGGCUGCUUUCCACAGCUCUCCUCCAUUCCCAGAGCUCGAGAGACUUGCUCUCUGGCCUUUCCAGACAUCUCGUCUUGCACUUGUCAAGAGCUCAAUUGCAGCACGAGCGUCGCGUUACUUCCAAUUUCCAAUAUUCACUCGGUCCUCCAGACCCCCCAGGUUCCAAUUGCACCAGCUCCCGCUGCUUCGCUGGCAGCACUCCGGCACCCACUCGAGUCCCCGAGGUCUGGUGCACCAGGAUCAUCCCCGUCAUGGCGUCCGUCCGGCAGCGGAGGGGCAACCCAGCAGAUCUCCCGCCUCGGCGCGCAGUCGUCGAGGAGCUGUCCACGUCCGAGGACGAGGCCGACACGGCCAACGAGACCCUCGCCCAGACCAAGACCAACGUCGACAACAAGAAUGUCCAGCCCAAGAACAAGAAGAAGACAGUCGCCCAGGCCGAGGAUGACGAGGACUCGUACAGCCCCUGGCUGGACAUUCUACGCGUGCUGUCGUUCCUCUUCCUCGCCUCGUGCGGCCUCAGCUACCUCGUCUCCGGCGGCGAGACCUUCUUCUGGGGCAUGAAGAACCCGCCAAAGUACCUCCAGAAACAAUACUGGGCCGCGCAAUGGGCCGGCCCGACAUACCUCACCCUCGAAGAGCUAGCGCAGUACAACGGCAAAGACGAGACCAAGCCCCUCUACAUCGCCAUCAACGGCACAAUCUUUGACGUCAGCUCGAACCGCCGCACCUACGGGCCGGGCGGGUCGUACCAGUACUUUGCGGGCACCGACGCCGCGCGGUCCUUUGUGACGGGCUGCUUCGCCACCGACCAGACGGCCGACAUGCGCGGCGUCGAGGACAUGUUCCUGCCCCUCGAUGACCCGGAGGUCGACAGGCACUGGACCCCGUCGCAGCUCGUGGAGCUCAAGAAGCAGGAGCUCGAGGAGGCCCGGAAGCGCGUGCACGACGGCCUCGCCCACUGGGUCGGGUUCUUCGAGAACAGCCCCCGCUACCACAAGGUCGGCUACGUCAAGCGGCCCAAGAACUGGCUCGACAAGGAGCCCCUCAAGCCCUUGUGCGAGGCGGCAGCAAAGGGCCGCAGGAAGAGGACGAUUCCUGGGACCGAGUAGAGUACAAAAGGAAAAAGAAAACGUGUAAAAAUAAGUUAUGAGGGAAGGACAGGAUGCAUUGUUUUGGUUCCAAGUCAGGCGGCGUGAGGGAUGAACACUUCUAUUUUCUGCGGAGGACCACCAGGCAAAGGCCUUUCUAGAGGGUUGCAUGGAUUGGGAAUAACACGUUUCUUGGACGAAAGCUAGAGCCAGCCAUGCAGUGACAGACACAGGGCGAUAUCGUCAGCAAGGCACCUCAGUGAACACAGUGACAAGUUCAGCUCCCCAGGGUGCUAUCAAGCAGCGAGGGCGUAAAGACACUGAUACGCUCACCUGUCAGAGAAGCAACAAACAGCAAAUUGUCACAUCAAACUUCAUUUUGGCACUUUAUCUUGGCAUCAGCACUACGAAACACUAUGCAAUAGUCACUAGCUGGCAUCAUCACGAGGCUUGGAAGAGAAGAAGUAUUUCAGAGUCCACGACCGGGUAUA